AUGUUUGGUAACCCGAAGAUCAACAAAGGAAUCUUUUCACUGCUCGGAAACAGAACAGUGAAAAGAAGAAUCAUAGUCGGUCUAAAAUCUGAUAAUUCCAGCAGAGAAAUGCUUCUCCGUUUACUAAAUUCGGUUGUGGUAGCAGGAGACUAUGUUCUGGCAGUUCAUGUUCAGGGAUCAGAUGAUACAUUUGAUCCUAACACCUUUUACAUCCACGAAGAUCUCUGCAAGUCGAAGCAGGUGGAUUUUGAAGUCAAGGUUUGUCGACGAAACUGUUACAUUACUGAAUUAAGCCACCAAGUUCGGAUAAAUUUUGCAACAAUUCUUGCGGUGGGAUGCACAAGUCCAUGGCCAAAAGAUUCAACAAUUGCAAAAUGUUUGAAAGCAUUACCUCCCACUUGCACCCUUCUAGUAAUGGAUAAUGGAGGAAAGAUUUUAUUACAGAAAGAGGGAUCUUCCCAGGAAGGAUCCUAUAUUAAACUUCUUAGAUCUUUGCAGGAAGGAUCCUCUAUUAAAGUUCUUCGACCUUCUGUGUCAUCUUUAUCAGGAUCCAAAAGCUGUGAUCAGCCAGGAACUAAGCCUCUGUUCCAAAAAUCUUCGUCAAUGCCAUGUUCCUCAACAUCAUCAAAACCACAACAAAAUGAAAGUAGAAACUGGCCAAUCAUGAAGGAAAACUUGCAAGGUUAUGAUGUUGCAACUCCAGAAUUGUUCCAAAGAUUAGCUACAUUACAAGUGAAGGGAUACACCAGGCGCUAUACAUUUGACGAGUUAAAGUGCGCAACACAAAAUUUUAGUCCCGAUAUGUUGAUCGGAGAAGGAGGACAUAGUCAAGUUUAUCGAGCUGUUUUUAACAAUGAUCAGGCUGUGGCAGUGAAAGUCCUCAAGUCCUCCCGAUUAUCUGAAGAGGAUCUUUUCCGGGAAGUGGAGAUAUCAAGUGGCUUGAGCCAUGAAAACAUGAUUCACCUACUUGGAUACUGUUACAGUAAAGAUAUACGUGCAAUUGUUUAUAACUUGCUAAGUUCAAGCCUGAAACAAAGACUCAAAUACCUUACUUGGAAAGAGAGGAUGCAAGUUGCAGUUGGUGUGGCACGGGCAUUGGAAUACCUUCAUUCUUUCUAUCCACCCAUCAUCCAUAGGGAUGUGAAGUCAUCUAACAUCCUCCUCUCCGAAGACUGCAAACCACAACUGUCAGAUUUUGGGGCAGCAAUUGUACAUCAGCAAACUCAGCAGUCAUCAUCUGCAUAUGCAAAGCCAAUUAAUGUUGUUGGAACAUUUGGAUACCUGGCUCCAGAGUACAUGAUGUAUGGAAAAGUUGAUGAAAAAAUAGAUGUUUAUUCUUAUGGAGUGGUACUCUUGGAAUUAAUUACUGGGAAAGAAGCUAUUCAAUCAAACUCACCAUCCAAUCGUGAAAGCUUGGUACUCUGGGCAAGGUCUCUGCUCACCUGCAGCCUAUGUGAGCGACUAAUUGAUCCUGACCUCAAGGAAGACUAUGACAAGGAUGAGAUGAAAACAAUGAUGAUUGCAGCUCGCCUGUGUCUCUUGCAUUCAUCUUCUAGAAGGCCAACAAUGAAAACCAUCUUGCAUUUAUUUGAGGAGCCAGAAAACUGGUUGGAGAUGCAUAAGAAGAGAGAAGAGCUUCCGAGUGCACUUGGUAAACAUGAAAUGGUGUUGAACGCAGUUGAUGAUUCAGAUCCCCAUGAUUUUGGGUUAUAG